UCCUGAGUGCUCAGAUGACAGGCAUGAGCCACCAAGCCUGACCUCUUUCCUGUACCCCCCACAUCCUUGCCAAGAGGAUGAGGGAAGGGACCCUGCCUUCCUCAAAUUCUACUUGGUUCAGCACUUGCAGCCCCUUUCUGAGAUCUGGAGGGGAGCGGGUCCCAGCUGAGUCCCCGGCUUCUGAGCUGUCCAGGCCCUGGGGCUAUGAGUCUGUAAAGGGUGGUGCACCAGGCCAAGCCUCCCGGGAUGGAUCUGGUCCGAGCGCAGGUGCUGAAGAGCAGGAAGGGACCAAGGCGCAGCCCUUUGCCCUGGAUAGCUCCCUGUUCACUAGGUGCUGAAUAAGCCCUUCGAGGGUGGGGAGCUCAGCCAGCCAGCUGGUGUCUGCCCAUUCAGACUCCUCCAAGGCCCAGCUUGGCUCUGCAUGUGUCCUCUGUGACCCUGGAGUGGCCAUGGCCCUGAAGCAGCUGAAGGACAGACAGCCUGGCAAGGGCACAGUUGGCACACGGGAUCAUUAGAACCCAGGGGCCCACACAUAUGUCAAGAUGCAGAAGAGAAACGGGUUACAGGGCUACGAAAGAAAGGAAUAUGGAGUCUUCCUGCCCCGUGUGUGGUUGUAGGCUUGGCGGGGGUGGUUACCCUGCCCUGUCCUAGCGCUCCGGCCUCUGCCUCGAGGGGAGCAGCAUCUGCCCGUAGCCACCCCAGCGUGUGGAUGCUCCUCCCCCCCACUGAGUGCGCACCUGAAGGUCCCAGGUGGCAGCUGGAGGGCACUCGGAAGCACACCCAGGGGCUUGGCAUAGGAGGCCUGGACAACUGCUUGAGUUUUGUUGCAGCGCUGGGCAUUGAACCCUGAAUCUUAGCGUGGGCGGCAAACGCUCCACUACUGAGCUAUAUUCGCAAUCCACGACUGAAUGUAUUUUUAUGGAAUUCCACUCAAGUUUAUGCUCUUCUCCUGUCACAGUGGAAAUGUCCAGAAAUAAUGGACAAGAGAACUGUGACCACUUUGGCAGCUCUUGAACCGGAGGAGAGAAUGUUUGCCACGCGACUCCACCAUCAGGACUUGGUCUUGAGCUGGAGGUGGACAGCGGCAAAGCUCACUACCCCACCCCACCCGAGCCACCCACUAAGCCAUAGCCUGGCCCUUGGAUUUGAAACUCGCCAGGGCAGUGGAGCAGAAGGGCGAGUAGGUGGGGCUCGCCCCAGCCCCCUUCGCCUUCCCUAGCCUGGGUGGGGGCGCGGAUGCGGCAGGGCUGGCCGGUGAAUGCUGCCCGAGCACUGUCCGCCGGCCCCAGUCCCAACGCCUGAGGCGCUCGGCCCACGCCCUCCAGAGCUCCUCCCGCGCCAUGCGGCCUGGUGAGUCUCCUCGACCUCGGUCACCUGAGCUCCGCCUCGGAAUUAGUGACGGGGUGGGCACCGUGCAAGACCAAGGAUAUCAUGGGGACCGAGGCGCGGGUCCGCCCAGGUGCACCCGAGCCGUCGUGGUCCUGGCCAGGGUCAGAGCGCCCCGGGUGAGGAGGGGACCGGCGUGGGGCGAGCGUCUCCCCACGGUGGUGGCAGUGUUCCCCAACUUUCGCGCCGCCCCCAUCUCGGCCCUACGUCCUACCUCCCCCGCGGGGCGGACGGAACACGAGGGCGGCUCUGCCCGCCAGGGGGCGCUAGCUCCCCAGUCCGCCGGGCGCCGCGCUUAGUGGCCCCGCUCACGGGCGCGCGCCGUAACCCGGGCACACGCGCUGGAGCCCGCCCGGCGGGUGGGGCCGGGCGCUCUCGCCGCCUCUCCGCCUCUGCGGUUGUCGGCUGUGGGCUUCCUCACGGCGGCCUCCGCCGCGGGCCUCGCGCAGGCGGGAAGGGCGUGCUGGGCGUGGGGAGGCUGCUGCGGUGUAAGGACCCCUAGGGUCACAUUCUCUGGCCGGAGGAAGGGCGCCGAGUCCCGAGGGGAACUACAACCUUUAAGGAAAAAGAUCCAGAAUGCAGCUCAGAAAUUGGGAGUCCCGAGUGGGCAGGGCCGGGUUUCUGCCUCGCGGGAGCCCAGUUUAACCAGUCGAAGCUGGCUGGGACAGUAGGAGUCCCGACUCCGAGCGACAGCGGCGGCUGACCCGGCUCCGACACCCGCCCGCGCAGGCCGCGGGGGUGGGGUGUGUGGACCGAAAGCUGGAGGAGAAGGUGGGAGCGAGGGCUGAGACUCCUGCUGCGUGCGUCGGCCCGCAGCUGGAAGCCUUCGGCCUGUCCCUGGCCCGGAAUCUAGCUGAGACAGCAGCUUCCAGGCCGAUUUGUAUAGGAAAGUCCGCACCUCCAGCUCCACGAACCCUGCCCCCAAAUCUACCUGACAGCGACUGACAACACCCUGCCUCCUGCUGGGACCCGCGGGUGCUGUCCUUAGUCCCAGACCAGUGAAGAGCUGCUGGGGCUGAGUGGUCAUGGGGGAGACCGGUAGAGAAGAGUAUAAAAUCCAGUCUUUUGAUGCAGAGACCCAGCAGCUGCUGAAAACGGCCCUCAAAGAUCCAGGCGCUGUGGACUUGGAGAAAGUGGCCAAUGUGAUUGUGGACCAUUCUCUGCAGGACCGUGUGUUCAGCAAGGAAGCAGGACGCAUGUGCUACGCCAUCAUUCAGGCAGAGAGUAAGCAAGCAGGCCAGAGUGUUUUCCGCCGUGGACUCCUCAACCGGCUGCAGCAGGAGUACCAGACCCGGGAGCAGUUGCGAGCACGCUCCCUGCAGGGCUGGGUCUGCUAUGUCACCUUUAUCUGCAACAUCUUUGACUACCUAAGGGUGAACAACAUGCCCAUGAUGGCCCUGGUGAAUCCCGUCUAUGACUGCCUCUUCCGGCUGGCCCAGCCAGACAGUCUGAAUGAGGAGGAGGAGGUAGACUGCCUGGUGCUGCAGCUGCACCGGGUUGGGGAACAGCUGGAGAAGAUGAAUGGACAGCGCAUGGAUGAGCUCUUUGUCCUGAUCCGGGAUGGCUUCCUGCUCCCAACGGGGCUCAGCUCCCUGGCCCAGCUGCUGCUGCUAGAGAUUAUUGAGUUCCGGGCUGCUGGCUGGAAGACCACCCCUGCUGCCCACAAGUAUUACUACAGUGAAGUCUCUGACUAGUUCCAGCUUGGCACUUGCUCCCUGUAACACUGGUCUCUCCUCAGCCCUCCUUCCAAGCCGGCAGGGACGUCUCUGCCUCUCCCAAAGGCUUUCCCUACUAGGCUCGCAGACCUUCCCAACUGCACUGUGGUUCUGCCCCCACCUGGCUGUUGGGGAAAUACCAAAGACUCGCCCCCCAGGCACACGUCUGUCCCCUCUUUCCCAAGUCCUAUCAGCUUCUACCACCACGCAUCAGGACCACACAGAGAAGGGCAAUGCCUGAUGCCCACCACACCGUACAACCAUUGGUGUAACAGUACCUGUUGCCUCAGUUUCCAUCUAUAAAAGGGGCAACCACAGCCACUGGUUGUCUCAAGAUACUGAGGGCAGUGGGAGAGCACAAAUUACCACAGCAACUGCUUUUUCUACAUUUUUUAUAAGGACCACUGUGGAGAGAAGCCCAUUUCCUCCAAUGAGUUUGAAUCGAUGGUACUUCUGUAUCAGGGAGAGGGCUUUCUAAUAAAUCUUCUGCUACUACA